GAUUAUUGCUUUUUUAGUCAUGUUUGGAGCGUAUUUAGCUUUAAAGCAAGUUUUAUGCUUUAUUUGCUUCUAUAUAUACCGAUCUGAACAUCCUCUAGGAGUUACAGAGAUUUGAUUUAUUUGUAGGGAAAAAAAAUGGUAGAAAAAUCAUGGGUUUUGAUUGUACUAGUGGUAUUUAUCAUGCAUGGGGAUGAAAGUUUAGCCUCGGACCCUGAUCCGAUUCAGGAUUUCUGCAUUCCAAACCCCAAAUUUGGAGCUAUAAAAACAGCUCAUCUCAGCAUUCUACCCUGCAAAAACUCGUCGGAGGCAACCACCGAUGAUUUCGUCUUCUCGGGGUUAAAAUCCAGUGGAAACUUCACAGACACAGGCCUGGCAACCUUCCCAGUGAACCCCACAAUCUUUCCAGGGAUCAACACACUAGGGAUAUCAUUUGUGCGAGCCGACUUGAAAGUUGGUGGGAUAAAUCCACCCCAUUUUCACCCCAGAGCCACUGAGAUUGCCUACGUGGUGCAAGGAAGUGUUUAUUCAGGCUUUGUUGAUUCAAACAACCGAGUUUUCUCCAGGGUGAUUGAGCAAGGAGAAGUUAUGGUGUUUCCAAAAGGUCUGCUUCACUUUCAGAUGAAUGUGGGUGAGAAGCCUGCUACAAUAUUUGCGUGUCUUAAUAGCCAAAACCCAGGACUUCAAAAGAUUCCAUCUGCCAUUUUUGGGUCUGGUAUCAACGAGGAGCUUUUGGAGAAGGCUUUUGGCCUCAAUCAUAAGCAGAUUGGGACCAUGAGAAGAAGAUUUGAUCCUAAAACAGUGAACUAAACAUUUUACUUGUCUUGGAAAAUAUGAAAGAGUAAGUUACAAAAAUUUGGAUGAAAGAUUAAUUAUGUUGUCUGUUUAUGUUACAGUUUCUGUUCCUUUACAAUGUAUUGCUUAUAGUUUGGUUCCUAUUUUUGUAGUAAUUUUGGAGGACAGAUACAUGAAGGAAAGUCCAUGUUUUAGUUUUC